AUGAUUAAACAACAACAGCAACCACAGACCAUUACAUACGCCAUAUAUGCAUAUAAUUCAAAGACGGCAGAACAAACGCAAAUGUUGAAAUAUGGAGAUUUGGAGAUAGUAUUGAAAAAUGACCAUUUCGAAUUCGUUUGCAAAGGUGGUGCGGUGAUAUCAAAUAUAAAAGAAAUUUUAUUUAUGAAUUCAAAAAUUAAAGGAAUAACGGAUGAUAUAACAUCAAUUCCACCAGAAGAACAAAGAUAUUACGCAUUAAAUGCAUUUCCUAAAGUUUUGAAGAUUGGAAGAUUUAAUUUAAAUGAGGAAUUCAUAAAAGGUUUCCUAAAUGACAUAAUGAAGAAAGCAGAUAAGGAAUAUGUUAACGAUGAGUUAGCAAAGAAAGCAGAUAAGGAAUAUGUUAACGAUGAGUUAGCAAAGAAAGCAGAUAAGGAAUAUGUUAACGAUGAGUUAGCAAAGAAAGCAGAUAAGGAAUAUGUUAACGAUGAGUUAGCAAAGAAAGCAGAUAAGGAAUAUGUUAACGAUGAGUUAGCAAAGAAAGCAGAUAAGGAAUAUGUUAACGAUGAGUUAGCAAAGAAAGCAGAUAAGGAAUAUGUUAACGAUGAGUUAGCAAAGAAAGCAGAUAAGGAAUAUGUUAACGAUGAGUUAGCAAAGAAAGCAGAUAAGGAAUAUGUUAACGAAAUAUACCAAAGUUUAGUUGGAACAACAAAAAAUAUUGAAACUAUUGUUGGCGACUUUUCUGUCGAUGAAGAAAAUAAAUAUUUUAGAUGGGAGUUUGUACAGUCCUUAAGAAAUGGUAUACGGUAUAAACUCAUUCCGAAAAAUAACAAUGAAAUGUAUGUAGGCUAUAUAAAGAAUAAUGACACACAAGUUAAAGUUCCAUUAGACAACAACUGCUACUUAAACUUAUAUGGAGACGAACAAAAGAAAUAUUUAAGAGUUUAUGAAAUGACGGAUAUGACAUUGUCUAACGUAGCUCCAGCACCGUAUUAUUAUGACUAUGGUGUUGACGCACGUGUAGACCCAAAAAAGCAAACAUUAUAUUUAGAUUAUUAUAGAUAUAAAAGAUAUAAUGCAAUAGAAAAAACGAGAAUAGUAUACUAUUAUGAAGAUGACAAAAAUAAAUAUUAUAGUCAAGACUUUACCCACCCUGAAAACAUAAGAUUAUAUUAUAAAAAAUAUUCUGACACAAACCAGAAGAAACCUGAAAUGGUUGCACUAUAUUUUAAGUUCAAAAGAGACAAUCCUAUAAUAUCUCAUAUGUUUGAUUUAAUGAACCCAGUAGGUUCUAUUUAUACAUCUAUGGAUGCAAGAGGUCCUCAAGUAAUGUUUGGUGUUGGUGCAUGGGAACAAAUAGUCGACAGGUUUUUGUAUUGUGCAAACUCUUCAAAGGAAACAGGGGGAAGUAAAACGAUUACAGGUGAAAAUUUACCUGCACACAGUCACUACAUAGAUUUAAGCACAUCUCAAGCAGGUUGGCAUAAGCAUAGAUAUUGGGAUUGGUCAGGAAUGACAAAAGGUAAAGGAUAUGAUGUUAAAGACAACGUUAAGUUUGCCAUAAAUUGUUACUGGAGUGACACUCAGGGAGAAGGAAACCAUACACAUCGCGUUUCAGGAUAUACACAAACAACGGGACAAAGUAAAGAUUACAUGCCACCAUUUAUGACUGUAUUCGCAUGGUAUAGAGUUCAAUGA